AUGGACAUCAUCUCAGGACAAUCUAUGUUUCUCCUCUUCUGUUUCGUUUUAUCAUGUUUUCUUUUCUUCACCACCGCAAGAUCCCGCCGGAGCCUUAGUCAAGUUUCCAUAUCACCUCCGGGACCUCCACGGUUACCCAUAAUCGGAAACAUCCAUCUUGUCGGAAAGAACCCACACCACUCGUUCACGAACCUCUCGAAAACAUAUGGACCAGUUAUGAGUCUUAAGCUUGGAUGUUUAAACUCAGUGGUCAUAGCAUCAAGAGACGCAGCGAGAGAAGUACUAAGAACACACGACCUACUCUUGUCUGCACGGUACAUAAGUGAAGCGACACGAUCCAACAAUCAUCAUGAAUUUUCCGUUGGUUGGCUUCAUCCAUCGUCUCCUCGUUUCAGAAUGCUGAGGAGAUUAUGGGUUACUCAGCUGUUCUCACCGCAGCGUAUCGAGGCUACCAAAUCUUUGAGGAUGAAGAAGGUGCAAGAACUUGUCAACUACAUGAGUGAAAGCAGUGAGAGAGGAGAAGCUCUUGAUAUUUCUCGUGCAUCCUUCGUCACAUCUCUCAAUAUCAUAUCGAAUAUUUUGUUUUCAGUCGAUCUCGGUAGUUAUGCUUAGAAAGAUCCCACUGCGUUUCAGGAGA